GAGGAGGAGAAGGAGGAAGAUGGAGGGAAGGAGCCAACACGCGUAUCACGAUGCACAAUGGAGCAUUAGCCAGAAGUAGCGGCGCGGACGGUGUCUCUCGCGGACGGUGUCUCGAAAAAUCCACGAGAUACUUUCCGAUCUUGUCACCAAAUCGAAAUUACAAAGAAAAAUAUUAUCGAACAACGUUAUCCACUGUUUUCGUCGUCUUUCGUCGUCUUUCGCAGUUUCUUAUAUUGUUCGGAGGACGAUUAAAAUACGACACAUCCAAGAGUUCCUUCGAACAGUUUUCAACCGUUUCGUUGCGCGAUAUAAUCCGUGCGAAAGAGCUCUUUGGUGGAUAAAACGAAAACGACCACUUGGAAAAACGUGACCCUUUCCACAUUAUUAUAACUGCAUUAUCUCUUUAACAGUUAUAAUUGAAAGCAUAAAGUUUUAUUUUAUUUUAUUUUUUUAUGGAUAACUGAUAAGUUAUUAUUACGAAUAUAUCGACGGGACGCAUUAUUAUAUUCGAGUUUCUUAAAAUUUUAAAGACCGUUCUGUGUUUUCAUCACGAAUGGACGAACGAAUGUAUAACGAUUUUGCAAGGGUACUAGAGAAUUUAUUUUAGACGUAUAACAUCCUAUAAUUAUUGGAAACUGGUACAGCGAGUUAUCCUGAACAUCUACGAUACUUCCUGUAUUCUCAGCCCUAUAAAGGAAUCGAUGAUCUCGUAUUCUGCUCUGGUACGUACCGUCACGGAAUUGAGCCGAUCUCUCAUAGUCCUUAAACAAUUCGGAAGCGAGUGUAAUCAAAGGAACGACUUCACGUUGAUCUAAAGCUCAGAGAUUAGAGCCAUUUCGAACGAGAUGGCAAACACAACUACAACGGCUCCGGCCGGUAAUCCGGAAAAGAAAGUCGAACCUGUCAAGGCAGAGGAAGCCAUUCCCUGGAAGUCGAUGAGUCUUCGCCAAAAAUGGUCUCUCUUAACGAGUAACAUCACAGUGGAACCCAUGAUAGCUUGUUACGUGAUACCCAGUAUGUUGGCUUCUCUAGCCACCCAAAAUCUCAAUUUGGAAAAAGCAUGCAGGGUGAACUUGGCCUAUUCGGAUGAAAUCUGUACGAAUUUAGCAGCAAGAAACACGUCGGGACUAGAAGCUGAAGAAACUGCCGUGCAACAGCUGGUUGCAGGCAUGCAAACGUGGAAAACGGCUUUACAGAGUGGUUUACCUAUCUUACUGAUUCUCUUUAUGGGCGCUUGGAGCGACAAAACCGGCUAUAGAAAACCCUGCAUGCUUUUACCGAUAGUCGGAGAGUUCCUCAGCAGCGUCAGUUUAAUAGCAUGCACAUAUUGGUUCUACGAGCUACCCAUGGAAGCUACCGGAGUAUUAGAAGCCCUAUGGCCGUCCUUGGCCGGUGGUUGGUUCACAAUGUUCAUGGGUGUAUUCAGUUACAUCGCAGACAUAACGUCGGUCGAAUCGAGAACACUCAGAAUAGGAGCGGCCAAUGUUUUCUUCUCUCUUGGCGUCCCGAUCGGUAUGGCCCUUUCCGGUGUUUUGUAUAUGAAGCUUGGGUUCUAUGGUGUCUUCAGUAUCUCUAUGAUGUGUUAUGUCAUGAGCUUCGUCUAUGGACUCGUCGUUAUUAAGGAACCCCCAAGACCUCCGUUAGCGAGAGAGAAAGAGAAACUUCCGGAGAAGAAGAUGUCUUUUCUUGCCUCGGCCAAGGACUUUUUUUCUUUGAAACAUAUCGAGGAGACCUUUAGCGUUGCCUUCAAAAAGGGUUCCAACAAUAGACAGAAAAGAGUCAUCAUGCUGAUGAUCAUUGUGAUGGUCGUCAUUGGACCAUUGUACGGUGAGAUGGCAGUACUAUAUCUUUACAUGAGAUAUCGAUACAAUUGGAACGAAGUUACAUUUAGCAUGUGGUCUACGUAUGGCAUGGUGACUAAUCUUAUUGGAACUGCACUAUCCGUUGGAGUUUUCAGUCAUAUACUCAAAGUGGACGAUGCCAUAGUAGGGAUUAUGAGUUGCAUGAGCAAAAUUUUAGCAAGUUUCGUAUAUGCCUUUGCAACAACCGAUUGGAUGAUUUAUUUGGGUGCUUUGGUAGAAAUAGUUAAUGGAACAUCGUUCAUUGCGAUGCGAUCUAUCGCUUCGAAACUAGUCCCAUCGGAUGAACUUGGCAAAGUAAAUUCGCUAUUUGGAGUUUCCGAGUCACUGAUGCCAUUGGUUUACGGGCCCAUGUAUAGUUCUAUUUACGCUGCGACCAUGAACACAUUUCCGGGAGCGUUUUUCAUCGUCGGUGGUUGUAUGACGAUACCAGCUGUUUUCGGUUUCUUAUGGCUUUACACGGAACACCGAAGAGACCGGCUUAUAAUCGAAAGAGAAACGAAGGCGAAAGGCAAUGAUGAGGAACAGGAUGAAAAGACGACGAAAGUGCUAAGUAUUAGUGAAAGAAAAGAAAGCUGUGCAGCGAACGGUAUUGAGAAUAUGGCUUUUGAAACGGAACACCUCUAACAAGAAUCACGUUAGUUGAACGAAGAUUUAUAUAAUGUCGAACGUAAUAUCAUACGUACUGUUAACCUACAAUCUGUGCAUACAGAUGUUUAUCUUACAACGGAUAAUAUUUAAAAAAUAUUGUCCUUGGAAAGAAGACGGAAGUGUAGGAGAAUAAACGAAAAACUCGAAAUAAAUUAUAAUUCGAGUAAGUCGCUUAAGUUAUCCAAGAAAAUGCGAUAGGAUGAAGCAGUAGGAAAAUCAAAAAGGUAAUUCAAGGUGUUACUAGUAAGAGAGAUGGCAAAGAAAUCGAAUGAAUCUCAUUUUGUUAAACUAACGCAUAUCUAUGUGCAAACUAAUACGUCCAGUAAAUGUUGUUAAUGACUAUGUCGAUGGACGUUUUUGUUAUAGUUUAUACACAAAUUUCUUUUAAAUAUUUAUAUCAAAUCUCCUCGUCGGACUUAUUUUUUUAAGAAUUUGAAAACGUUUUUUAUGCGUUAAGCGAGAUCGUUUGUAAUAUGUAAGUACUUGAAGUGACGCAUAGAAAAUUGAAAUGAUAAUUAUUAAUUAGAUUAUAAUUAAUAAUUAUGUUUACGAAAUUUUAAAUGUUUUCAAAUUAUAACAAUAGAAAUGAAUUGAAUAUUUAACUCGAUAAUUUAAUUCAACAUAAGUCCGAUUGUUCAUGAAAAUAUUUUAUGCAAAUUUCAAAAGAUAAUUUCCCAAAUACAUUAUUAGGACUCAUAUUUUGAUGACUUAAUUGUUACAAAAAAAAAGAAAAAAAUAAUAUACACUUAUGAAACACAAAUCUUUUUUUGUAUAUUAUUAAAAUACGAAGCCUUGAAAUUAUCGCUUCUGAAAAGAUUGUUACUUAGUCGGUUGUUAAUAUUCAAUAAUAGAUAAUAUUAGGUUUAUAGAUAUAAAGCAUUACGUUAAAUGCAUUUAUUAUCAUUUUAACAUUAUUCCUCUGUCAUUUCAUCGACUCUACCUCAAUAUUAGCGAGAAUUUGCACAGAAUGCUAUUAAAUAAGCCUAUUAGUGGUACGAAAAGUGAUAUCAGUGAGCUUUAAUUAAUGAAACAGAAGCUUCCACUAAUAAAUGUUAAAUGUGAUGGGUGAUAUUUAACCUCAGGGGUAGAGUGCCAAAAUCAAUGAUAAUAUACGUACGAUAAUGUUUGCUUUAGGAAUAAGAAUACUUUUAGAAAUAUUAAUCUAAUUAAUAAGAGUUUCAAGCCUAACAUUUUUAAUUUGAAAAAUAGUUAUAUAUAUAUCAGGAUAAUGUCAACGAGCUCUAUAUAUGAUGCGACAAAUACAGAUUUCUAAUUAUUAUGGAAAAAUUUAA